UUUUUGUUCUUUCUCUUUCCUAUUCUACCCUCACUCUACAUUAAUUUCUUUUUACUUCAUCUGCUCCCACCUUCUUCCCCAAAUCCUAGCACCCCAUCUUCUCCUCCUUGCACGCCACCAUCUCAUCACCGUCACCCACACCUUACCUUGUCAUCACCACCAGUCGCCCCCACCCAAUCCUCCCCUCUUCGUUUUUUGGUUUGGUUUGUUUGCUUUUUUUCUUUUCGUUCAGCAAAAAAUUAAAAAUUAAACAAAUAUCCCUCUCUCUCUUCCCAAUAGUGAUAGCCCAGAACCCCAACCCAAGAGCCCCCAUCUCCGCCAUGUUUCAAUAUGUAGACCUCCACUUUGCCGCCAUGGCUCCAUUCAUACACCAACCCAAGAGCCCCCAUCCCAGUGGGUUGUUUUGUUGAUUUCCUGAACUCGACAAAACAAGAAAAAUUUCACACUCCAUUGUUCCACUCCACCCAUCCUCCCAAUUCGACAUCGACGAGAUAGAAAACCUAAUCAACGCCAGCGUCCAAUCUUGCCUUCUGGGUUCAGGUCCUCUGACAUCGACGAUUUCUUCUUGUUAUUCUCCAUGGUUGUUUGUGUUUUUCUGGAAUGUAAUUGAAGAAGAAGAAUAGGAAGAGGUUUUUGGGAUUGUUUGGUUUAAUCUUUUUUUUUUUUUUUUUUGAUUAACAAAGAAGGAAAAGAUUCAAUUCUUAUUUAGUUUAUGUUUGAUUUCUGGCUUGAUAAUUCUGUUCAACAGAGUCCCACCACCAUCUCUCUUAGAAUCUCAAAAGUCUUCCAAAAGCCCAUAUAUAUGUUUGCUUCAUAUGGAGUUGGAACUCGAAAUUCAUGGCGGACUCGCACUGAGAUAUGCUGAAGGUGGUCUUGUGUUGCAGAUAAAGGAUAAACGAGCAGCUGGAGGUGCUGUUCUGAAAGCUCUCUUGUUGACCUUGUUCAUGGCUAGCUCUUGGUGGUCACAGUGUCCUCCUUUUGAGUUUUCAAGCAAGUACUACCACGUGGCAGGAGAUGGUGGUGGCUGUGUGAGGCAAACCAGCUUCUUUGGAGGCAAACCCGUGCUCAAUCAGGGCGUUGGUUAUUCUGUGAUUCUUGGCUUUGGAGCCUUCUUUGCUGUCUUCACAUCUUUCCUGGUAUGGCUGGAGAAGCGAUAUGUCGGUUCCAAGCACACAUCCGAAUGGUUCAACACUGCAGGAAGAAAUGUUAAAACAGGACUCAUUGCCAGUGUGAUUGUAUCCCAGUGGACUUGGGCUGCUACAAUCUUGCAAAGUUCAAAUGUUGCUUGGGAGUAUGGAGUAAGUGGACCUUUUUGGUAUGCUAGCGGGGCUACAAUUCAGGUACUCUUGUUUGGUAUAAUAGCUAUAGAGAUCAAGAGAAAGGCUCCUCAUGCUCACACUGUUUGCGAAAUAGUGAAAGCUCGCUGGGGCACAGCAGCACACAUUGUCUUCCUCAGUUUCUGCUUUUUGACAAACAUUAUUGUAACUGCAAUGCUGCUGCUCGGAGGUUCAGCUGUCGUAAAUGCACUUACCGGAGUAAACAUCUAUGCUGCUAGCUUCCUGAUACCUCUUGGAGUAAUUGUCUACACAUUAGCUGGAGGACUAAAAGCUACCUUCUUGGCAAGCUACAUACAUUCUGUUAUAGUUCAUGUGGUACUAGUCAUAUUCGUUUACCUUGUAUACAUUGCAAGCAGUGAGCUCGGUAGCCCCAGCAUCGUGUACAACCGUCUGGUAGAGUUAGCAAGUAAAUCAAGGAUUUGUAAGGAGCCUGUUUCUCAUCAUGGACAGUCUUGUGGUCCUGCUAGUGGGAAUUAUAAAGGGUCGUACCUAACAAUGUUAAGUUCUGGAGGGCUAGUGUUUGGGAUUAUCAACAUAGUCGGAAACUUUGGCACUGUUUUUGUUGAUAAUGGAUACUGGGUAAGUGCAAUAGCUGCACGGCCUUCAUCAACGCAUAAGGGCUACCUGCUAGGUGGACUUGUCUGGUUUGCAGUCCCAUUCUCAUUGGCAACAUCAUUGGGACUGGGAGCACUGGCACUUGAUCUACCAGUUACAGAAAGUGAAGCAAGUCGCGGACUUGUUCCUCCUGCCACAGCUAUAGCUUUGAUGGGAAAAGGAGGAUCUGUGCUUCUUCUUACUAUGCUUUUCAUGGCAGUGACAUCAGCUGGUUCUUCAGAGCUUAUAGCAGUAUCCUCAUUAUGCACAUACGAUAUCUACCGUACAUACAUAAACCCGGAUGCAAGCGGGAAGAAAAUCCUCCAGGUAUCAAGGGGUGUCAUCCUUGCUUUUGGAUGCUUUAUGGGGAUGUUAGCAGUAAUACUAAACAAGGCUGGAGUUUCAUUGGGUUGGAUGUAUCUGGCCAUGGGAGUGCUCAUUGGUUCAGCAGUUAUUCCCAUUGCGUUUAUGCUUCUAUGGAGAAAGGCAAAUGCAAUUGGUGCAAUUCUAGGAGCAACUGUUGGCUGUGUUCUUGGGAUCAUCACUUGGCUAUCUGUUACAAAAAUCGAGUAUGGCCACGUAAAUCUUGACACAACUGGUAGAAACGCUCCGAUGCUUGCUGGAAACCUUGUCUCUAUACUUACUGGUGGAGCCAUACAUGCUAUCUGCAGCUUCUUGUCACCACAAAACUAUGAUUGGGCCACCACUAAGAAGAUCACUGUGGUUGAGAAAGAAAAGAGUGAUCUACCAGCAGAAGAGUACAAGGAGGAAAAAUUGUUGAGAGCAAAGGCAUGGAUUGUGAAAUGGGGUGUUGGCUUUACUGUGGUCAUUGUUUUAUUGUGGCCUCUUCUCACUCUUCCAGCAGGGGAUUUCAGUUUAGGGUACUUCACAUUCUGGGCAGUCAUUGCAAUAGCAUGGGGUACGAUAGGUUCAAUUGCAAUCAUUGCAUUACCGAUAGUAGAAAGCUGGGCAACGAUCAAGAGUGUCAUUCUCGGCAUGUUUACAAAUGACAGGCUCAUGGAAAAGGUCGAGGAAAUGAAUUUGAGGCUGCACACAAUCAUGCUGGCUAUACCUGACUCAGAGAAGAUUUACUUGCUUGAGAAAGAGAAGGCUAAAAGGAAAGAAGCAUCAGAGCAAGAAACCUCUUUUUCUGCUGCAGGACAAGCAUCAGACUUGGUCAGCGGUUGAAGACUACAUAUAGUGGCAAUCAAAUUGGCUUUAAUUUAACCAAACAUUUGAAUGUGCUUUUUCUGGGGAUAAUGCUUUGGGUUACUGAGGAUCAAUGUUGAGCCUCUUAACUCCUUUCCGCAUUUGUGAAGCAUUUAAUCAAACUGUAAUCUUUGACAACAAAAAAAUCAAACUGUAAUGAAGAAUUGUAUUAUCAAGCAACAGCUUUUGAAGUUCACUGCAUGAAGUGGAUGAAUUGGUAUCAGUCUUUUCAUUUCAA